AUGGUAGACUCGGCAGGACAUUAUGCAGUAAAUGGGCAGGCACUUUCGAGUAAAGAGUCGGCUGAUUUAAGUACUGCAAUUAAGCAUGCAGCAAAUGAUAAUCGUGAUCUGAUGUUUGUGAUAGCUGCAGAUGCUAAAGCGACGCAUCAAGAUGUUAUUCGAGUGAUGGACGUCGCAGGACAGCUAGGUUUCGUUAACAUCAAUAUCAGUACCAAAGUUCCAUCUCGAGUGAAUCAGGAUUUUAAGGUCUAUGUCCGUCUUUUGGCAUAUUUAAAGCCGUAUUGGGGGGCAGCCUUACUCGUUAUUAUUGGAUUUGGCAUAAAUGCGGCAACUGAAGUUUCUGUAGCGAAAUUACUCAAGUAUAUUAUUGAUGCAAUUCAAGGUGGUAAUCGUGGUGAUCUUGAUUGGUUCCCAGCACUGAUUAUUCUAUUGAUAUUCUUCCGUGGCUUAGGUUUGUUUAUGGGAGGCUACUUUACUGCAGUCAUCUCAAGAAGUUUGGUAUUUAGUAUUCGCCAAGAAGUUUAUGCCAAACUGUUAAAACUACCAGCACAGUAUUACUUGGAUAAUUCAUCUGGCCAUAUCACUGCAAAAAUUAUGUAUAACGUUGAGCAGUUAACCGCAGCUUCCUCUGAAUCAUUAAAAACAUUAAUUCGUGAUGGCGCAAUUGCUUUAGGUUUAUUGGGUUAUCUACUGUAUACCAAUUGGCGUUUAACUUUAUGUAUUUUUAUCUUUAUGCCGAUUAUUGGCUUAUUGGUACGUAAAGCUUCAAAACGUAUGCGUAAACUCUCUAUUCAAGUACAAAAUACGAUGGGGGAUGUCAACCAUAUUGUACAAGAAACAGUCAGUGGUAAUGCUGUUGUAAAGAGUUUUGCAGGUGAAGAAAGUGAACAACAACGUUUCUAUAAGUCGUCAGAAGAAAACUUAAAACGUGGCUUGAAAAUGGUGAUUGUACAAAACCUAAAUAGUCCACUGGUACAAUUGGUCAUGGCUUUUGCUCUGGGUAUCAUUAUUUGGUUGGCAUUACGUCCACAAAUUUUAGGCGAUACUUCGGCUGGCGAGUUCGUUGCUUAUAUCACAGCAGCAGGGCUAUUGGCGAAACCUAUUAAAAACUUAACGGAUAUUAAUGAAAAAUUACAACGUGGUAUUGCUGCGGCAUAUUCCGUAUUUGAAGUCCUAGAUUUGCCACAUGAAGAAAAUACUGGAACGUUAACGCCAAAAUUAUUGGGUGAUAUCAAGUUUGAUCAUGUGUCUUUGAUUUAUAAAAAUAAUGUAAAAGCAAUUGAUGAUUUGUCAUUAGACAUACAAGCAGGCCAAACCAUUGCUUUGGUUGGGCGUUCAGGUGCUGGUAAGUCAUCUUUGGUGAAUAUGUUGGUACGCUUUCAGGAAAUUAGCGCAGGGCAGAUUUAUCUAGAUCAAUUGCCUAUUCAAGAUAUUGAACUCAGUUGUUUACGUACUCAAGUUGCAAUGGUCAACCAGCAAGUGGUUUUAUUUGAUCGAACAGUGCGUGAAAAUAUUGCAUAUGGUCAGUUAGAAAAAGCAUCCGAUGAAGCCAUUAUUGCCGCUGCUAAAGCAGCCUAUGCACAUGACUUUAUUAUGGAGUUACCAAAUGUCUUUCUGGUGGUCAGCGUCAACGUAUUGCCAUUGCACGUGCAAUCCUUAAAAAUGCACCAAUUCUUAUCCUUGAUGAAGCCACCAGUGCUUUAG